AAUUAUUUUCAAUCUGCGAAUGGGCUUAGGGGGAGCUUCGGUCAAAUGUAUUGUUGAUAAGCGAAUAUUGCGGUUAGUUGAAAGCGUUUUUCUGCCAGAAAGGACCAUAAUGAGAAUAGCACUGUCCAUUGUUUUGCUGCUUGUGAUUGGGUUUAUCGGAGAUAUUGAGUCGCGCAGAGGCAGAACCAGGAGUAGAACCAAGUCUAAGUUUCAAAUUGGGCUGCCGAUAACCGGAAAAUACAGAGACCCAGAAUCAGACAAGUACUACAAUAAUAACAAUGGAGCGAAAAUUGCCCUUGCCUCCCACUUCGAUUAUGAAUACGUUUUAGGACACAAAAUCGCUUUUAUCUGCGUGGCAAGAGGAAAUCCGCGCCCUCAUAUAACCUGGUUCAAAGAUGGCAGUGAGAUAUUCACUCACCUCUAUUUGCAUAUUCACGAGUGGCAGAUUGGGAACGACACAAUAAAAAGCAAGCUAGAAAUAGAUCCUGCUACCCAGAUGGAUGCAGGCCUGUAUGAAUGUACAGCCGACAACAUGUAUUCAAUAGACCGAAGAUCGUUUAAGACGGAUUUCAGUAUUGCGUUCGAUUAGUCGAGCUUACCGAGUUGUGAUGGACAGUAAUGUAACUAGAGAACUGAGGAGCUGUUUGCACCCGAAAUAAACUACCAGUAACUUAUGUAAA